AUGUCAGCAGAAGAAGGUGAACUUGCGAAUUCAGUAGUCAACGGGAUUGAGUCAAAUACAAGUUCUGGAUUCCAAUUAGGGAGUCAAAGAGAAUUAGAAAAGCCUUCUUUAGGUGAGUACAUGGAGCAAUUGACAACAGAGUUUGCGGAAGAGUUGGAUACUCUGAGACAAAAAGAAAUUUUCGAUCAAAGAAAACUGCAAAUGUUGAUCGAAGGUUUGCGAGCUGGUCAUAAAAUUUAUGAAUAA